AUGGCGUUGGAUUUGUCAUCGUUUGUUAUACCCAGUGGUUUUCAGCACUUCAACAAUCAAAAUGUAGACACUGGGCAAGAAGACCCUUUUGAAGGUUUAUGUAGCUUGGAAAAUGGACGACAUUAUGAUGUGGUUCCCACAGUUGUGUGCUCCUUAUGCUGUCUCUUUGGCCUUGUAUAUACCUUUUUUUGUUACCGGUGCUUCAAAGCCAUUAUGUUUUUAUCGGGACUGUUGGCUGGAUCAGCAGUCAUCUUUUUGCUUUGUUAUAAAGAGAGAAUCCUGGACACACAGCUGAGCCUGGAGCUGAGUGCAGGCAUUGCCCUGGGCAUCGGCCUUCUUUGCGGACUAGUCACCAUGCUUGUGCACAGCGUUGGCCUGUUUAUGACUGGCCUGCUUCUUGGACUUUUGCUGGCCAUUGCCUGUCUGGUGGGUUUGGAGCAGUUCUAUCAUCCAUCCACAGCCUGGAUUCCAGUAGGAAUAAUGAUGGGUUCUGCCAUGCUGUUUGCUGUAUUGACUCUGCAGUGGCAGAAGCUCUUCACUGUGGUUUCCACUGCAACGUUUGGAGCAGCUAUCCUGUCUGUAUGUACUGACUAUUUCAUUGAGAUGAUGCUGCUGGUGCAGUAUGUGUAUGACACACUCCGCUUAGAACCUUCCUAUCCCCUCUGCUGGUUCAGCUGGGUGGUGUUGGGUAUGUGGCCAUUGUUAAGUGUACUGGGAAUUGUAGUUCAGUGGAAGCUGACAGCUGAAGGCUUUUCUCAUACUGAUGUGAUCAUAAGCAGACGCCAGAAACGCCUCCAGCUCUUAAGAAUUCGUCAGAAAGAGGCCAAGAAGAGACAGAAUGUUGCUUCUCAGGAUGGGACUUACAGGCGGAAGGCCAACCCUAUUAAAAGAUACACUGGGGACAUCCUUGCACCGAGUUACCUGCAAAGCCUGAGAGAACGUCAGUCUGGUAGCGGCACAUCCAUGAGCAGCCUUAGCACAAAUAUGCAAACUGUUGUGGACAUGGACUAUGAGUGUGGCUCCACUGUGCCUCUUACAGCCACUACGCCUGUGAUCCAAGUGUGAGGUGUUCUGAUCUCCAGCUGCACUUACUAUGUGAUCAGACAUAGCAGCUUCUCUGUGCCUUACGUGUCGCCUCUUAUCACAUCUUACCAU